CUGGAUGUUGGCAGCUACUGUUGAAGCUUUAUUGACUUUGGAAGGUUUGUGAUACAAGGUUCAGUCCAGAAUGCAGAGCUUGGUGACUGUAUGCGGUUUCCUACUACUCAUCUUUUCUGUCCACGCAAAUGUUCGGCCAGACUUUAAGAAAUGCAUCAAGUACUUCUACAAAAAAACGGUGCCAGACCUGCAGACCUCCCAACACCACGUCAACAUCUGCCAGACUUUUGAAAACAAGUACUACUUUGCCACGCUGUACGACACUGCCAGGCGUAUUCCUGUCUACUCUGCUUAUAAAUUUGAGAAGAGUGAUAAAUGUGCCCGGGAGAACCGGUGGUUUGUAGAGCCUCAGCUGGUAAAUAACAGGUGGAACAAGAACAUGAUGACUGCCGAAGAUUUGAUGAAGAAGCAUCCUGUCGAUUUAGAAUCAGUAGGACAGAAACAGGCGGUGAAUGACGACUACAAUGGUCUGAUAAAAUCAGGAUACAACCGUGGUCACCUCAAUCCCAAACUACACCAUGCAGGAAAUGGCUGCAAGGCCACUUUCACCCUGACCAACGUGGUUCCACAGAACGCAGACCUGAACGGCGGGUCCUGGAAGAAAUAUGAGGAGACACUGAAGAUAAUUUUAGCAAAUUGCAGGGAAGCUUACGUUCUGGUCGGUGCAAUUCCCUCUGAAAAAAACUGGGUAAAGAACCGUGUCAACAUCCCUGACUACUUGUGGCAUGCCUUCUGCUGCCUGAAUAACAAUGGUAAACCCUUUAAGAAUGGUGCUGCAAUAGCAAAGAAUGACAAGAAUGGCAAAGUGCAGGAGUGCUCCCUGGACAGCCUUCAAAAAUUCUUGAAAGCAGGAAAACUUUUUUUUGACAACUGCAAAGCACCAUCCAAUACUGGUGAAGGAGAUUGUGCAAGUGUGCAUUUUACCGACUAUAAUAGUAACAGUACUAAUUCUCUUAAUUAGUACAGGUGUAUAACACAAGAAAUUAAUUUUUCCAUGUACGUGAUGUAUGUUUCAGUUCUAACUGUUUAACGUAUUGUUACUACAAAUGGAGAAAUAAAAAGCA